AUGAGAUCUCUGAAUUUCAUCGAUUCAUGGGUUCAAACAUGUUCCAUGUUCAACGGAUCUUCGUCAUCGUCAUUCGUCGGAUUGAUCUGCAAAACGCCGAUGAAAUGCAGUAAACCCAAUUUCAAAAUUCAUCCAAGAUCCAGAGUUUCUUCUUCUUCUUCUUCGAGUUUCUCUGUUUCUGCUGUGAUUACCAGAGAAGAACAGGAAACUUUGGGUGAAAUCUCAUCGGAUUGCUUCAAUUUCAAGGCGUACAUGGGGGAGAAAGCUGUUCGGGUUAACAGAGCGCUUGAUGAAUCCAUUUCCAUUAAAACGCCACCCACAAUCCAUGAAGCUAUGCGUUACUCUCUCCUCGCCGGUGGGAAGCGUGUGAGGCCCAUUCUCUGCAUCGCCGCUUGCGAGCUCGUCGGAGGUGACGAAUCCACCGCCAUGCCCGCCGCCUGCGCUGUUGAAAUGAUACACACCAUGUCGUUGAUUCACGACGACCUUCCUUGCAUGGAUAACGACGAUUUUCGCCGGGGGAAACCAACAAACCACAAGGUUUACGGCGAAGACGUGGCGGUCCUCGCCGGCGACUCUCUCCUCGCCUUCGCUUUCCAACACAUCGCAAGCGCCACCGUCGGCGCGUCUCCUGAACGCGUUUUGGCCGCCGUCGGAGAACUGGCGAAGUCGAUUGGGACUGAAGGGUUGGUCGCGGGUCAAGUGGUGGACAUAGCUUCAACAGGUGCAAAGGACGUCGGACUGGACCAGCUUGAGUUCAUCCAUAUCCACAAGACGGCGGCGCUAUUGGAAGCAGCCGUCGUAUUGGGAGCAAUAUUAGGUGGAGGAAGCGACACCCAAGUAGAAAAACUGAGAAAGUUCGCAAGAUGCAUUGGAUUACUGUUUCAGGUGGUUGACGACAUAUUAGACGUCACCAAGUCGUCGGAGGAAUUGGGGAAAACCGCCGGAAAAGAUUUACUCGUAGACAAGAUGACUUACCCGAAACUAAUGGGACUUGAGAAAUCACGGCAGUUCUCGGAGGAGUUGUUGGCGGAAGCUAAACAGCAGCUUGAAGGGUUUGAAUCAUACAAGGGGGUGGCGCCGCUGGUGGCUCUGGCGGAGUAUAUAGCAUACCGGCAGAAUUGA